CCGUCGGAGGCGGGAUCAGAGCGGCAUCGCCGUUGAUGAGCCGCUCAGAGGAAGAAGCUUCUGUCAACCUCUCUCACCCUCCCUCCGCCACAAUGGCAAAUAAACAGCUUUUUAGCUGAAGGACCUGCUUUUCCUCGCUACAUAUUUUUGGUACGAGACAUCGGAGCUACUGACGCGUCCGCUGUUCGAACAGCUAUUCCCAGAAAUGGCUUUCAUGGAGAAACCGUCCGCCGGGAAGCUGCUGCUGGACGACACGGUCCCCCUGACGGCGGUGAUAGAAACCAGCCAGAGCCUCCAGUCCCACACGGAAUACAUCAUUCGUGUCCAGAGGGGAGUCUCAACAGAAAACAGCUGGACAGUCAUCAGGAGAUACAGUGAUUUCGACAUGCUUAACAAUAGCCUGUUGAUCUCUGGCCUCAACUUGCCCCUUCCCCCCAAGAAGUUAAUAGGGAACAUGGACAGAGAGUUCAUAGCGGAGCGGCAGAAAGGUCUUCAGGCCUAUCUCAACUUCCUGACCCAGCACCACAUCCUCUCCAGCUGCGAGCUGGUCAAAAAGUUCCUUGACACCAACAAUUAUUCUGCGAACUACACAGAAAUCGCCUUGCAGCAAGUGUCCAUGUUCUUCAGAUCUGACCCAAAGUGGGAAGUGGUGGAACCAUUGAAAGACAUAGGCUGGAGAUUACGAAAGCGGUACUUCUUAGUCAAAAACAAAGAGCAGCCUAAGGAGCGACAAGUCUUAAGUUGGGUUGAUUUGGGUCCUGAUAAGUUUUUGUCAGAUAAAGACCUUCAGUCCACAGUGAAGCUGCUGCCUUCUUUGGCUCAUCCAUACAUCUGUCCAGUCACGUUUGCUUUUACUAGUGAGUCCUCAGCUUUAGUGAUCAGAACCUUCAAUGAGAAAGGCACGCUUAGGGAUCAUAUUUGCAAGGUCAAGCCAAAGGAGCAGUUCCUAAAGAAGUACUGUAACCCAAAAAAGAUCCAGGGUUUGGAGCUUCAGCAAAUCAGGACUUACGGGAGACAGAUUUUGGAGGCCCUGAAGUUCCUUCAUGAUAAAGGAUUUCCAUAUGGGCAUCUCCAUGCAUCCAAUGUUCUAAUUGAAGACAAUGCGUGCAAACUCCUGGACAUAGAGAACUCUCUAUUGGGACUUCCCUCUUACUACCGCCCAUACGUCACACAGUUUAGGAAAGUUAACACCACAGAGAGCAUUGAUGUCUAUUCCUUUGGGCACUUGCUGUAUGAAAUGACGUACGGGAGGCCUCCAGAUGCUGUACCUGUGGACCAGUAUCCCUCUGCUCCCUACACCUCAGUCGUCUCAGUACUGCAGUCCAUACUGUCCACUGAGGCUUGUAAAUCAGGAAUGCCCACUGUUCCUCAACUUCUGCAAACACCACUAUUCAGUGAUGUGCUACUGUUCAACUCUGAAAAGCCCCAGUUCAAGAUAACCUCCAAAUUGAAGGAUGCCUUGAAAUCGUCCAAAGAGUGCUUGGAAAAGCGUCUCCAAGAAGAACAGAGAGCAAUUCACCAGCACAGGAGGCUGACCCGGGCACAGUCUCACCACGGCUCCGAGGAGGAGAAAAAGAGGAGGAAGAUUCUGGCUAGAAAGAAAUCCAGACAGUCUGCUUAUGAAAAUGAGGAAGAUUUUUCAGUGAAAUACAACAACAACUCUGGUUCAGGAGCAAGUUCUCCCCCUACUUGUCCUUCUUCUCCCACUCCUCCACCAGCACCAGGUGCUAAGCCAGUGACUCCUCUACCACCACCUCCUCCUCCACCUCCUCCACCUUCAGGGAGUGUCCCCGGCCCCCCCUCCCUUCACCCGCCUUCCGUUAACGGCGAGGGCCGCGGCGCCCUCCUCAGCUCCAUCCAGACCUUCAGCAAAGGCAGGCUCAAAAAGGCAGAGACCAACGAUCGCAGCAAUCCACACAUCUGAGAGACGGCCUGUUUUUGUACGACUCUUCAUUCGACUUCUAUUGUGCAAUUCGUCCUUGGCUGACUCCUGUAGGGCGUCCAAGGUCUCAUCAGUCACGCAGAAACUGGCAGUGUUCUUUAAAACAGGACUGCAGUGGAAAGCUUGAAAGAUUGCUGUUUUUCAUUUCCCAAAUCAGCUGCAGAUUGGAGUGUGUGGGUAAUUGUGUGGAAUCAAUCUGGGGUCUACAGUGCUGCUAUACAGAAUCUAGUCCUGAAAACUGGACUCCAGCUGUCAGAUUUUAAGAAUUGGACCAGCAUAUUCGUGUUAAUCACUUGCAUAUUACUGACCCCCGCAAACCAGACGCCCUACAACUGCAGCUACACAAGUUUUUUUUGUUUUGUUUUGGGGUUUUUUUCCAAGCACAAGCAUAUUUUUUUAAAUGCUUUGGCCGGCUGAAUUUAACUUGGACAGUUUUACUUUAUAUAUUGUGCACAUGUCUUUUUAAGUCAUUCAUACUCUUUAUGGAGGGCUUUGUUUUAAAGAAAAGAAUGGAGAAAAUAGCUUUUGGGUUUGUGCCACAUUUAACCAUUGUGCCUAUACAAGACAAGUGGUAUGAUGCUUGUUCCCAGAUUUAGGAGCUGUAUAUAGUUCAUUCUCCUCUUUGCAACAGUGUUUUUUUUUUGUUUGUUUGUUUUUUUUAUGCAAGGUUACAAUCAAGCCUAUAUUAUAAGUAUAAUAUUAUUCCAGAUUAUCCUGUCCCUGUACCCUCAUAUAAACCGUCUGUGUUUUCAGGAUUACAUACCAAUAUCAGAGUCAAAUACACAUUUGGUGACUUUGUAAAAACUUGAAAUCAGUUGACGUAAGCUCCGCCCACAAACGCCUUCUUUCGUAUCUACUGUUUCAUGACCGUUCAGCUUACUGCAGCACGUGACAUUGGGCAUGGAAUGAAUUGAGUGUGCUAUUUAAUACAUUUUAAACAUUUACAGUCUUAUGCAGGAGUUUGAAUAGCCCUAAUCAAAUGAUAUUUUGUUGAUUUUCUCAGUGAAAGUAAGUCAACACAUCCUUUAUGGAGAGCACAAGUAAAUAUGGCAUUUUUCUGCUAAUUUUAGUUUACAAUUUCUAUUCAAAUAUUAGAUCUUACUUUCGCACAGACCAUAUUCUAGGUUUUAUUAUAAGUGUUAAAUUUAGCAAAUAAACUUUAAAAAGCUUUAAAAUGUGCAGACUUGUGUUCUCUGUAGAGGAUGUUCAUUUAUUUUCAUUUUCAACAAAACAUGUCAUUGGACUAAAAUUUUGCAUGUGAUUUUGCCUAUUCAGGAAAAAUAAACAAAUGGUAGAUUGUCCAGAAUGACUAACAGACUAAAAGGUGAAUGUAAAUAGCAUCAGGAAUAACGUUAUAAUUAAUUUAAAUUCCAGAAUGUCUUAAGGUAGAUAGCCUGAUUUGUUAAUAAUAAUAAACUGAAAAUAUUGUUAAUAGAUAAUUACAGCUUCUAAUUUAUAGUAUAAAACGGCUUUAACCUUUCGGUUAAAUAUGAUACAGUGGUGUCUAGAUACAAUAUAUUUUUGGAUACAUCAGAAUUUAAGAAUGGCCUGAAAAAAUGUUUGUGUUCAAGUUUGUGUCAUGCACACCGCAUAUCUACAUCUGUACUAGGGCCAUAUUGAUUUCUCAGGAUCAUAUAUGAUUUUUACUUCUGAGGUCAAGAAUCAGUUUAACUUCAUUCCAGCUUUGUUUAUGAACUAUGCAGAUUGGUUUGGCUCAGAUUAGUAAAAGUUCUCAAAUGGUAUUGUUUUUUUAGAGCCUGUCGCAUGAUGAUCUAACAAAAUAAAACUUAAAAAUUACAACUAUUGGAACAAAAUAAAAGCCUGGUCAGUUGUGUGUAGGUGUGGUAUGAGCCCUGCACCCUCCCUGUCCAGCUAACUCUGACAGGCUGCAUCCAAAUGCUAAGUUUUGAUUUGUUGACUGUGGUUUCAAACAGUGGUUUUAACUUCAAUCCACUGUUCCACGUUUUUCGCUAUGUAUUGCAAUAAUUAUUAUACCCUUACUCAACAUUUAUGAGAUUUAUUAAAACGUCUAAAAAUACCUUUUGCCAUGUAGUUUAUAAGACUUCAAUCUAUAUUUUAGAUGUUAUUGUGUACAAUAUAAUAAAAAGCAUUACUAUAAUGACAGUUUGUUACAAACUUAUGAACUGGGCUGGACUAAGUUGGUUUAACUAAUCAAAACUAGCUAGAUUUAAAAAAAACUUACACAUUAGAUCAAUUGCACAAGAAAUAAAAAAAAUACUCCUAGUCUAUCCUAAAAAUUUGAUCUUUCACACACACCAAUGAAAAAUGUCAUUUUGAAAUGAAUAACUCACCUUUGAUGUAGCUAUUUUGCAGAGUGCAGUCAACUGUCUGUAGUCUCUCUGAUUUAAUUUGUCUCAUAGUAGCUACAAUAGAAGGCGUCUGUGGGCGGAGCCUGGUUGAAUAAACUCACCCAAUGGGAAUAUUGACUAAGAACGUCCUUAUUUUUGCACAGGUACGGGGAACAGUAAUUUGAAAGAAUCCUAGAAUCCUCGCUUAUUCAGGACAAAUGAUGGACUGGAACGUUAGCUAAUAAUUUGUACAGCAAAAUCACAUUCAUGUAAUUAUCAGCCCGUCUGCGUAUAUACGCCUAUACAUUUUGCACUGUAGACAAAACAAACAGCUGAAAGGUGUUUGAUGGAACCUGUAGGCCACGCGUUGAGCUCAGAAGUGAAGUAUACUGGGGAAGGAAAAUCGGUUUCUCUGCAGCACUUUACCACUGCUUGUUAAAAAGUGGUUUUGAACAGAGGUGUAAAGUUUACGAGAUUUCAUUACGUCAUUAAAGACGCUGUAAUGUAUGGGAAGACGGUUAAUACUGGAGCCGACAGUGCGUUUGCCACAGCCACUGCUGUAAGCACUGGAGGUGUGCAUCCUCAGUUUCUAACAAGCAGAACCAUGUUCUUGUUUUCCCUGUUGAAAAGACUCGUGUUGACACUAUUUUAACAGAAUGGUGUUUUUGUGCUUUCAGUUGUGAUAAUUCAAGUAAAAAUGAUGGAAUGUU